AUGGCCGACCAGGAAGCCCUCACCGCUCUUCGCCAACAACCGCGCUCGGGCCACGCCCCCCAAAGCUCUGCUCCAGCGGGCGCCACCACUCCAGCGGCCACCGCCAACACGGACGUCUGUCGCGUCGCCGUCAAGCUCCCACCCUUUUGGGCAGAGUCACCCGAGGUGUGGUUCGCUCAGGUCGAGGCGCAGUUUUCCCUGGCACGUAUUAUUACUCAGGACCGGACGCGUUACGACUACGUCGUCGCCCACCUAGACUCUCGAUACGCAGCUGAGCUCCGCGACGUACUCGCAAGUCCUCCAGCUGACGACUGCUACCUGCACCUGAAGAGGGAACUAAUUCGGCGGCUUUCACCUUCACAAGACGAGAAAGCCAUCCUCCAGGUUCAGCCGAAUCUGCCGCUGGACCAGCUCACCGAAAUCGCCGACCGAGUCGUCGAAGCCUCUCCACCGCCACCACCCCUUUACGUCCACGCCGCCGGCGCCCCACAGCCCACCCCCGAGCUCGCUAGCCGUAUCGACAAAAUCGCCCGUCAGGUGGAUUCUAUCCAAAGGCAUCUGGAUCAACGCCCGACGUUGCGUCCCGGAAAACGCCCCCAAAGCCGAGGCCGAAACACCGAUUCAUCGCAAGAAAACGACGACGGCCGCUGCUACUACCAUCGUCGCUUCGGUGACAGAGCCCGGAAAUGCCAACCAGCCUGCUCAGUUGGACGUCAGGGAAACUUCAACAGCAGCCCGUAG